AUGCGUGAUGACGAUCGAGAAAGGGGACCACAUCGCAGAACUAUGCCUUUCAUUUCUAUACCCACUCAGACCGCCGAUAUAUACCAAGCGAGCAAUGCUAGAUCAGAGCGACCAGUAAUAACAGCGGCAGCAAAAGACGCCGAGACAUCACCAUUCGUAGUAGCGCCGAAUACGUGCGGGUUCACGGUCGGCGGUGCAAUUACCUGCGAUGUCGGGUAUGACUGCGUAAAUGUAGACAACUACCGAGGCUGCUGCGCGGCCGGCGCGGACUGCAACGCGUCUAUAUACACUGGCUGCCUCGACUAUGAGGAGAUGCCGAGCGCAAUGUGGUGCGGGCCUCACACGCUAUGUUGUCCAGAGUCAAAAGCAUAUUGCGCUACGUACGAAUUCUCAACAGAUGAGCUGCCUGGCGCAACCUUCACACAUGUCGGAUGCGCUGAAACGCCCGGCUUUGGCGAAUUGUACCCCUACCCUCCCGAACUGAGCACGACUUCUCAGAGUUCAUGUACAGAGGGUACCUCUAGCACUAUAGCCAUAGAACCCGUAGACAGCACCGAUUCAUCGUCACCGUCACCGUCGGCAUCGAAUUCUAUCCCUAGGGGCGAAAUUGCAGGGAUAGUACUUGGCCCAGUCGCAUUCGUUGCAUUGCUGAUUCUAGGAUUAUUUCUCUUUAUACGGAGGAGGCGGCGACGACAGCAAGAACGCAUACACAAAGUUAUAAAACCCACAGAUAUAAGUCCUCCGUCUACAGGAAAUACAGCCAUCAUCGAUAAAGCUUCGCCGCCACACACACGUCCGCUGUCAACUAUUCAUGAACAACAAGCUGCUUUGCCUAUAACUGUUUCAGCAGGAGGUAAACAGGCUUCAGCACCAAUUGCAGCUCGCCCGCAAAGUUACGGACAGAAUUGGCCGCUCGGCGCUGAAGCGCCCCCUAUAAGUCCGAGGAAUCCGCUCUCUUCACACCCCGUGAUAGGCUUCGAAAGGAGAUCCAAUCAGAAUGAGCGUCCCUCACGAUCGCAUUCCAGCCGGUAUACGAGGCGAGGGGUGCCAAUCUUGCGGAUGCCGACUCCACCUACAUCAGCGACGACUUUAUCGCCACCGCUGUUGAAGAAGCCAGAGGGUAAAGAUAGCUUGACCGGCGCCAUUGGGUUGGCGUUGCAGAGCCCACGGACGAGCUACAUUCCGCCGCCGACGAUUGACACGACGUUCGAGCAGGAGGUUACGAGGACACUGGAUACUGUUAGUGAGCGCGCGCCCUUCCCCACGAAGACCACACCAGGGCCGACGUCUCUCAACUCCGGCAAGAAUGCUAAAAAGUUGCCGAACGACGGUGUUUCUUCUUAUUCUAAUCGUGGAAUCUCUGGUCCCGGGUAUCAUCCUGAGCCUGAUGAUGAUAUGGUGUCGCCCCUUAGUCCUAGCGAUGCAAGUGGCAGAGGCACACCUAUGGCUGUUAGUCCGCUUGAGAGUCGGCGGGGUAGCUUUGGCCCGCGAUAG